AUGUUGAGGAUUCUGGGAAAGGGUACGGUUAACCGUUUGUGUAAGAAAGCAGUUCCAACUAGAAAUGUAAACACUAUAAUCCCAUCAGUGGUCGCGUUGCCAUUGAGGAAACAAACACCAGUUUGUCAGUUUAGUAUUCCUUCCAAGAGAUAUAGCUCUUCCAAGAGCAAUAAAGCACCUGCCGAUGAGUUACCAAGUUUUAAGAAACUUAUAAUGAUAGGGUUGGUAGGGACGGCUGUCUUCGUUCUUGCUGUUCGUUCAUUAGAUCAAAAUAAACCAAAGACUUCAUAUUCGGAAGAAGAAUAUCAACAGGUGGUGAAUGGUUUGAAAAGAAAAAUUGCAAUUUUCCAACCUGGUGAAAUAGAUAUGCAAUUGACAACAUUACCUGAUAUAAAAUCAGCUAAAAAUAAAUUGCCAAAGGCAGAUGGUGAUAUCCCUCCUAUACAUUUUAUUGAUCCAAAGAAUAUAGUGGAUAUACAUAAAAAUGAUUCUAAUGACAAGUAUAGAGUUCUUCUCGAAAAUAUACAUAAGAUAUACGGUAAUGAUUAUUACUAUAAUUUACCUGAGGGUCUAUUGGUAGCAUUAAUGUUACAAUAUAUUAGAGAUAAUGUAAAACCAAAUGAAAAGGUUGUUAUUGUAGACUUCCCAAAGAGUAUAAAGGACGCAUCUAAUUUUGAAAGUGAGAUUGCUGUAGUGUCAAAGGUAAUUAUUCCAAAGGAUCAAUCAGAAACCGAUAUUUGUAAAUAUUUUGAAACGGUUGAUAAAGUAACCCUAGUAUGA